CUAAAUCAAAAAUGACUCCGUAAUAUAAAUAUGGACGUUACCUUAAACAAUAACCUAAAAACCUGGUACCACUCUGAUUUGGUGGACAGUCUUUGAGAGGAACUUCACCAACACAGAGUAUCCAGAGAAGAUUUUGAACUUGAGAAACAAUAUAAUUUCCACUCGGAAACGGUACGAUGGAAAGUUUCUCACUAAACGAUGCUCCACUUGGUAACAAAGAAGUCUAUGGGGAUCCUUUUACCACGAUGGGAUUGGUCCUUAUCACCAUGGCAAUUAAACGUGUGGUGAUGAGUAUCAUAGGAUUUCUGUUUGCGUUUGUGUUUAACUCAAUUGGCGGAGGCAUUUUUAGCGGCCCGUGCAUUGUGAGGGGCUGUACGGCAACCCUUUUAUAUAGUGCACCCCGCUUUCUUCAAAUUAAUCACGAUAUUUAUCUAAACCUUGAAACAUCUCGGCUUUAUCAAGGAGUAAUGCUGUAUUGGAAUUAUAGAUUAGCCCGAGCAUUGUAUGAGCGGGAUACCGAGACGAUGUCGACCUGGCUGGUGAUCAACGUGUCCGUAACUGCCAUCGAGUUUUUCCCUUUGGUACUUUCAUACGGGAUUUGGAGUUAUCAAGAAAACCACCCUUACCUCACCCUGGGGGAAGAUAUGGUCACCUCUUGGAUGGUCUGGAGUCAUUCGAAAGACUUGUUGGAAAAGCACAAACUCACAGAUUUUUGCAUAAAGUGAUGAAUUUACAAAAUAAUCCGGUUAGACGUAAGUAUUUACAUACAGUAUGUGCGACUCUACUGUUAUGGUUACGAAUUUGUCAGCGCUGGUAAUAAAUUUUUUACGUAGUCGUUAAAAUUUGCAACCAGGGAGUAAACUAAAUUACUAGAGAGAUAUUUUAAUUUAUAUCUAACUAUAUCGGACCCCUCAAAGGUAAUAAAUUGAUUACCGACCGGUAGUAACUUUGUUACCAGUCUGGUAAAAAAAAUUUCCCAUGGGUUCCAAAUAUUAUAAAUAGAUUCGGUAACAAAUUUACUACCGGUCGGUAAUCAAUUUGUUAAAAUGAUGGUUAAGUCACAUAAACAUAAUCACCAACUGGUAAUAACUAUGUCUUACGGCAUUCUUUUUAGUGUAGGGUUGUCUAAAUUUUAUCAAAAUUUUAUAGCAACCUAAUAAAACCAUUACCGUCCAAGGCGAUAAUA